AUGGCCUCUGUCGCCUGCUUCGUCCCGCCCAUGUCCGCAAACAUCUACUACCCGGUUCUGGCCCCCAUCGCCGACGACUUGGGCGUCUCCGUCGCUCUUGUCAACUUGACAGUCACCUCUUACAUGAUCCUCCAAGCCAUAUCCCCGACCAUCUUUGGCGACUUUGGCGAUAUGGCCGGCCGCCGUCCGGCGUUUCUUGUAGCGUUUAGCAUCUACCUCGUCGCCUGCAUCGGUUUGGCCUUGCAGCGCAACUACGCCGCUUUGCUGGUCCUCCGGAUGCUACAGAGUGGUGGGAGUAGUGGGGCAAUUGCGCUGGGAUUCGCCAUGGUUGCUGAUAUCUCGAUGAGCUCUGAGCGUGGGAAGUACAUGGGCAUCGUUGGAGCGGGAAUCAACGUUGGCCCAACUAUAGGCCCUGUUCUCGGCGGCGUCUUGACCCAAUACUUUGGCUGGGCCUCCAUCUUUUGGUUCUGCGUAGUGUUGGUUGGGCUAUGGCUUAUCCCCUACGCCCUCUUCACCCCGGAGACCUGCCGCAACGUCGUCGGCAACGGCUCUCUCCCCGCACAGCCUUGGAACCGGCCCGUUGUUGACCUCAUUCGCCGCCGACGCCGCAGACGCGCCAACAACACCAACGCCUUAUCCCGGAGCGAAUCCACAGCAACGGAAGCCCAGCCAAAGCGCAAACUUCGGUUCCCAAACCCCAUCCGCUCCGUGAAAAUCAUCUUCGAAAAGGAAAUGGGUGUCGUGCUUGCCUACAACAGCCUGCUCUACGUAGCCUUUAUUUGUGUUGCCGCGACCCUCGGCACCUUAUUCCGCGAGAUCUACGGCUUCAACGAUCUAGAGCUGGGCCUGUGCUAUCUUCCGUAUGGUGCGGGCUGCGUCGUUGCCAGCUUGGGGCAAGGCUACGUUCUCGACUGGAACUAUCGCCGCAUCGCCCGAAAGAUCGGCUUCACCAUCGACCGUCGACGGGGCGACGACCUGAGCAAGUUCCCAAUCGAGAAGGCUCGCCUGCAGCCCGUCUAUCCGGCUGUUUUGGUUGGGCUCAUUGCGUUGGUGGCGUACGGAUGGGUCUUGCAGAUUGAGACCAGCGUCGCUGCGCCAUUGGUUUUGCAGAGUGUUAUUGGGCUCACCAUCACAGGGUCCUUCAGCAUCAUGAAUACCUUGAUCGUGGAUCUGUUUCCGGAUGCGCCUGCAACCGCCACGGCCGCCAACAACCUGGUGAGGUGUGCCCUAGGCGCUGUCGGUACGGCUGUCAUUGAGUACAUGAUCGCUGGUAUGGGAAGGGGGUGGUCAUUUACGUUUCUGGCUGCCUUGUGCGCGGUGUUGAGUCCGAUGUUGUUUGUGAUCGUGAAGAAAGGACCAACGUGGAGGAAUGAGAGACGGACGAGGGAGGACGCUUCAUGA